AUGCCGAUAUUUACUGCAUCAUUAGGCUCUGUUUCAAGGACCCAAAUUGCCUUUCUUUCCCGCGUCUUUGCAUUUGAUAGUUCUUGUAAUCAUCAUCAAGUUUUGAACUUUCCACAGUUAUCCAACUGCAAUUCUUUCAAGAGGGCUGCUCUAUUAACGCCUAAAGUUACAGUUUCCAGUGGCAGUGCUGCUAAAACUGAUGAUGGAGUUGUUCAGACUCAGCAGCAAUCUUCGUCCCUUGAUGAUGCUCGGCAAGCUCGGAGGUCUGCUGAUUGGAAGGCCGCACAAGCUUAUAAAGAAAAAGGAAUCAUCUACGAAGGCAGAGUUGAAGGAUUUAAUGGUGGUGGAUUAUUGGUUCGGUUUUACUCCAUUGUUGGUUUUCUUCCAUUCCCACAGUUAGGCCCCACUUAUACAUGUAAAGAACCUCAGAAAUCUAUUCAAGAGAUUGCCAAAGAUUUAGUUGGUUCAGUGAUUCCUACUAAGAUUAUCCAAGCAGAUGAGGAGAACCGGAGAUUGAUAUUCUCGGAGAAAGAGGCUCUCUGGUCGAAGUUUUCUCAGCAGAUAAAAGUCGGUGAUAUUUUCCAAGGAAGGGUUGGUUCUGUUGAGGAUUAUGGUGCAUUCAUCCAUCUUCGUUUUCUAGAUGGUCAGUAUUACCUUACAGGUCUUGUACAUGUCUCUGAGGUGUCAUGGGAUUUAGUUCAAGAUGCAAGAGAUAUUCUGGAAGCGGGUGACGAAGUGAGGGUCAAAAUUAUCUCUGUAGAUAGGGAAAGGUCCAGGGUUACACUGUCAAUAAAACAACUGGAGGAAGAUCCACUCUUUGAAACUCUAGAAACAGUCAUUCCCCAGGAUGCUUCAAUCAGUCAAAAUGACGAAGACAAUAGCUAUGAUAUUGAACCUCUUCCUGGUCUGGAAAUGAUAGUUCAAGAGUUGCUGAGGGAAGACGGCAUUAAUGAUGUGAAAAUAAGCCGGCAAGGAUUUGAGAGACGGGUAGUGUCGCAAGAUUUGCAGCUAUGGCUUUCAAAUGUUCCUCCCGUUGGCAAUCAAUUCACUCUCCUCGCUCGAGCUGGGAGACAGGUACAGGAAAUACUACUGACAACAUCCCUUGAUCAAGAAGGCAUUAAAAGGGCAUUGCAACGAGUGUUGGAACGCGUACCAUGA